AGGGGACAUCUGGCAACCUUAAUCCUGCCAGUCUAGACAAGGCUUGGGAGGCCCCUCCACGGCUUACACGGUGGAAGCUGGAGGCAGGCAGACAAGGCAGUGCUUCUCUCCCGCGCCUUCUCAAGGGCUAGGGUGACUUGCUUGCCCCACAAGGGCAGCUGGGACUCUCCGUAACCUCCAAGACCCCACUUAGGUUCUCGAAUCCCCCCGCCCCGCGCGCCAGCUGGCAAGGGUUUCCCAGCCAUCUGGUUUCGAAGGGCUGCCUGCUGAGACGAGGGAGGGAGGAACGAACGAACGAGGAGCGCCUCCGAGGAGUCGAAAGGGCGGAGCAAAGGACGACUGGAGCCGCCGGAGUCUUGGCGCUUCAGGCGUGACGAAUCGAGCGUCGAUGUCUCCGCGUUAGAGCCGCCAUUUUAGAUGGCGAGCGGAGCAGGCGCCUCGGAGUAAGGGGCGCAGCGGCGGCAGCCGAGAGUUGGACAGGGCCAGAACAUAUCAUAAUGACCAUGGUAGAGAUGCUGCCAAAAACAGGAGCAUGGGAGUUUAUAACAUGAUGGUGGAGCUCCACUCAGGCUUAUUGCUUAAACCGCUUCAAUGGAGCAAAUUCAGGGUGCUUGGAAGGCUUUUAGUGAUGGAAUUGGAUUAAAGGAUUCUGUCUUCAAUGGAUCCAGCUGUAUUUCACCUACUAUUGUCCAGCAGUUUGGCUAUCAACGUAGAGCAUCUGAUGAUGGGAAACUUUCGGAUUCCUCCAAAACAAGCAAUACCAUUCGUGUUUUCUUGCCUAACAAGCAACGCACAGUGGUGAAUGUGCGUGAUGGAAUGAGUCUUAAUGAUUGUCUCAUGAAAGCCCUCAAAGUCCGAGGUCUGCAGCCAGAGUGCUGUGCUGUUUUUAGAUUGCUUAAUGAAAACAAAGGUAAAAAAGCACGAUUGGAUUGGGGUACAGAUGCUGCAUCCUUGAUUGGAGAGGAACUUCAAGUGGACUUCCUUGAUCAUGUUCCACUCACAACACACAACUUUGCACGGAAGACAUUUCUAAAACUUGCAUACUGUGACAUCUGCCAGAAGUUCUUACUAAAUGGAUUCCGGUGUCAAACCUGUGGUUAUAAAUUCCAUGAACACUGCAGCACUAAAGUUCCAACCAUGUGUGUGGACUGGAGCAAUAUCCGGCAACUCUUAUUGUUCCCACAUUCAAAUGUUGGCGAUAGUGGUGUCCCUGCACUACCUCCCUUGACAACCCGAAGAAAUCGAGAGUCUGUGUCUCGGAUACCUGUUAACUCUCAGCACAGAUACUCUACACCUCAUGCCUUCACAUUCAGCACAUCAGCUCCUUCUCCUGAGGGCUCCCUUUCUCAAAGACAGAGAUCAACGUCAACCCCAAAUGUCCAUAUUGUCAGCACUACCAUGCCUGUGGACACCCGGAUAAUUGAGAAUAACAGCCUGAAUGCUUCUCCCAGGUCCUGGUGCAGACGAUUCUGUUUAAGGGGAAGAGAUGCCAUUCGCUGUCAUAGUGAAUCUGCAUCACCCUCAGCUAUAUCCGGAAGUCCCAACAAUACAAGUCCAACAGGAUGGUCUCAGCCUAAAACACCAGUUCCAGCCCAAAGAGAGAGAGCUGCAGGGUCUAAUGCACAAGAAAAAAAAAUUAGACCUCGUGGACAGAGAGAUUCAAGUUAUUAUUGGGAAAUAGAAGCAAGUGAAGUCAUGCUAUCUACCAGAGUUGGGUCAGGCUCUUUUGGGACUGUUUACAAGGGCAAGUGGCAUGGAGAUGUAGCAGUAAAGAUAUUAAAGGUUGUAGAUCCAACUCCUGAACAAUUUCAGGCCUUCAGAAAUGAAGUGGCUGUGCUAAGGAAAACGCGGCAUGUUAAUAUUUUGCUGUUCAUGGGCUACAUGACUAAAGAUAAUUUGGCUAUUGUCACACAAUGGUGUGAAGGAAGCAGUCUGUAUAAACACCUUCAUGUCCAGGAAACCAAGUUUCAGAUGUUGCAGCGUAUUGAUAUUGCAAGACAGACGGCACAAGGAAUGGACUACUUGCAUGCAAAGAAUAUUAUACACAGAGACAUGAAAUCAAAUAAUAUAUUUCUUCAUGAAGACCGCACAGUAAAGAUCGGAGACUUUGGGCUGGCAACAGUCAAAUCCAGAUGGAGUGGUUCUCAGCAGGUAGAACAACCUACUGGGUCUGUUCUCUGGAUGGCACCAGAAGUGAUACGGAUGCAGGAUAGCAACCCAUUCAGCUUCCAAUCUGAUGUCUAUUCUUAUGGAAUAGUACUGUAUGAAUUAAUGACAGGAGAGCUACCAUAUUCCCAUAUUAACAAUAGAGAUCAGGGCAUCGACAGAAUCACCGGCCGCACCAACAUCGAAACCCUCCAAGACCUUUUGGAAACCUGCUGGGUCCAGCAGCCUUUUUGGGCGGACCAUCCUAAUAGGUCCAUCACCCCUGCAGGGGUGGAUUGUGACCGUGAUACCAACCUUAACCAGAUCAUUUUUAUGGUUGGUCGAGGUUAUGCAUCGCCAGAUCUCAGUAAACUAUAUAAAAACUGUCCCAAAGCUAUGAAGAGACUUGUAGCAGACUGUGUGAAGAAAGUUAGGGAAGAAAGACCUCUCUUUCCACAGAUAUUGUCUUCCAUUGAACUGCUGCAACAUUCUUUACCCAAAAUCAACCGAAGUGCUUCAGAACCUUCUCUACAUCGUGCAACCCAUACACAGGACAUAAAUUCAUGCACAUUGACGUCAACAAAGCUACCUGUAUUUUAGGAGAUCUGUGUGCACUGCCCACUGCUCUCUCCAGUAAGAGUUAUAGCAGUUGUGCUUUUAAUGCCUCAGUCUACAGGAUUGCAGUGCCAGCAUGGGAUUCAUCUGGAUGCCAGUUUUAAGAAUGAGCUGCUAUGAAUUUUUACCAUUCUGAUCCUACAGGGACAAAACUUGGUUGCCUUUUUCUACAGUUUAUCAUAUUGAGAUAGUUAACAGACUGUAUAAAAGACAUUCUAUUACUAUUUUUUAUAGAUGCACUUGAGCCUUAUUUUUUCCCAUGUGCAAAAAAACAAAAGAAAUCCACCACAAAACCUACUUUGGCAAGUUUUGACUUUCAUUUUGCUGAAUAAACUGGUAUUUUUCUAAAGAUACAAUAAUGGUUUAGCAUUUGAGAAAAGUCAAUGCAGAUGGUGCUGUUCUUCUAAUAUCCUAAGUCCUUAUGCCAUUCAAGCUGGAGGGAUUUUAACUCAAAUGGCCAUCCACCAAGAAGACGCAAGGGAAGAGGAAAAUGCAAGAAGAUUUAAGGGAAAAGGGAAAUGUUUCUCCUACUAAGUAUUUCCCAAGAUAAUUAAAUUUUAAACACCAUUAUUAAGUCAACACAAAAUUUGCACAUAGGAGAAAACACUCUUAUAAAGGCGAGACUAUUAUUCUAAUUAGUUCUGCUCAGAGAAAGAAGCUAGCACAAUCCUGCUACAAUCAUCUUACAGCAACAUAAGACGCUUAUUGGGUACUUCGGACUUGUUUCUUGCAACGCCUUGAGGUGUCCAGUGAGAAAUGAUAGUUGGGGUGGGGCGGGGGGAGAAGAGGCAAAUAAGUAAUACUGUCAGUAUAUUUCUGCAAAAAUGUUUGUUUUUUUAAAGCCUUUUGCCUGUUUUUGAAACUGUUUUCCAAGAUGCACUAUAAAACUUGAUGUAUACAGGUUUUUCCCAUGCUGAUUUGGGUUUUAAUUUUUUGUUUUUAUUGCUCCUGAGAGAUAAGCAUUUAUUGUAAGCGCAGGUUCUUCUGACUUAUUUUAAUAAAAUAAAUUAAAUUUA